AUGAAGUUCGCCUUGCUUACAACCAUCGCCACUGCGCUUUGCGCCCCGGGCGUCUUGUCUGUGCCUCUCGUCGCCCGUAAUACUUCUAGCUCUAUUGGCGCGAGCGUCGGUAGAGUCGGCGGUGGCGUCGGUGGGGGUGUCGGUGGUGGUCGAAUCACUGAUGUUGAUGUUCUUCAGUUUGCGUUGACUCUUGAACAUCUUGAAAAUGUGUUCUAUAAGCAGGGUCUUUCCCGCUUUUCCCAAGCUGAUUUCCUUCGGGCUGGCUUUGACUCACGAUUCUUCAAUCAAAUGAGAUUCGUCGCCAGAGAUGAGGAAGCGCAUGUCGUCUUCUUGCAGCAGGCUAUCACUGGUUUGGGUGUCCGCCCGGUGACUGCUUGUCGAUACAACUUCCCAUUCAGAGAUGUCCGUUCCUUUGUUGGUCUUGCAUCUGUCCUCGAGGGUAUCGGUGUCUCUGCAUACCUUGGUGGAGCUGGUUUCAUCGGCAACAAGGACUUCCUCGGCGCUGCGGCCGCUAUUCUUGCGACGGAAGGCCUCCAUCAGGCUACGCUGCGAAAUUCGCUUGGUCUUGUUGCUUCCGCGAAUAUUGCCGGAACUUCUAUCAAUCCUAACGCCAUUUUCAGUCUUGCCAGCGCCUUUAUUGUCGACUGCCCACGCGGAAAUGCUGCGCUUCCAUUCAAAGCCUUCCCAAGCCUGAGCCCCCGUGGAAAUGUCUUUGCUGUUGACGGCUUCUCGAGAUUCGCUCUUGGCCGCGGUGUUACUGUCCCACAGGUCUUCUUCCUCACCUUCGUCAGCGGGUUUGAUAUCAUCAGUAUUCCCGGUGUUUUUACUGGUGGUCUCUACCAGGGACGUAUUCCGCGACGAAUUUCUGGACAGUCCUUCGUCUUCAUUACUAGCGCCGAAGCUCGUGGCACCCUUGUGGAGAGCAGCAUCCUUGCUGGCCCUGCUAUUAUUGAAGUGAAUCCUAGUGCUCCCAACAUCAACUUCUCGCUCCUCUAA